CAUUUCUGUAAGAAGAAAGGAGCCACCGUUGGGUGUGAGAAGCCACGCUGUCCCAGGAGUUACCAUUAUUUCUGUGCGCUGAAGGACAACGCUGCAAACGAUGAAAAGCCAGGCUCUUAUAGAGUGUACUGUCGAAACCAUGACCCAACUAGAAGGACCAGUCUUAAAGCCAGGGUGGAGUUUUUGAGGAAAUGCAAGCGGGCCGGGCUUCUCGAUGGGAUCUUUAAGGAGAUGGCGGAAACACUUCACCUGACCCAGGAAAAGCUGAAGGAAAAGCUGGAUGAUGACAGCACUCCAAAAGCAGAAUACGAAAAGACGGUAAUAUCCCUUUUUGACUGCAGUCUGUUUGAAAAUGCUGCUACAGGGGGCAAGCAGAGAGGAACAGAGGAAAAAAUUCAGGAACUCCUGGAAACACGGAAGAAAUUGGAUACCGAGAUGGCAGCGGUGGAUACCCAGAUAGAGCUUCUACAAGGUCUGAAAGCAGGCCUGCCUGCCUCAGAAAAUGCAUCCAGCAGUACCUCUGAAUAAGCGACAUCUUUUUGCAGUACAGCUCCCAUGUCUCGUGUCGAUUUCAAAAUACGCGGAUGACCAUUUACUGGCUGGCUUUUCAUACCUCUUUUGUGAUAACUGUUAGCAGUGGAGGACAUGGCGCUGUCUCCGGUCUCACACUUGAGAGAUGGCACCAAAGAGUAGACAGACAGAGACGUCAGGACACACAGAGCCUCCUGUC